AUGUAAAACAUUGUUACAAUUAAUGACAAGCAAUACAACCUUCUAUAUGAACUAGGGAAAGGAGCUUCAGGAAAAGUGUAUAAAGCAUAAUAUUUGAACUAAUUUUAUGCAAUUAAGAGGCAGGAAUACUUUGGAGAAGGAGAAUUAGAAUUUUAUGAGUAGUUAGUCCAACAAAAUUUUAAAAAAUGCAAGAAUUUAAUUCAAAUCUAUGACUUUUCAAAAAUUGGUAGAUUCUCGUAUGUUGUUAUGGAACUAGGGGAUUAUUCAUUAUAUGAUGCUCUUGAAUAGAAUAAAAUAGACUAAAAAAAUAUUCGAUAUAUUAUUAAGUAGAUUGCCUAAGGAAUUAAAGAAUUACAUGAGAUGGGUUUGGCUCAUAGAGAUUUAAAACCUGAAAAUAUAUUAGUCUAGACGAUAUUUUCAGAAUAGUAAUCUUAAUAGGUGUAUAAAAUUUGUGACUUCGGAGUUGUUAAAAAUGCUUCAAAAUUGGUUACCAAAUCUGUUGGUACUCCUUAUUAUUUAGCUCCAGAAGUAAUAAGUAACAAUUAGAAUUCAUAUUCUAAAGAAUGCGAUAUUUGGAGUUUUGGAGUUCUAAUCUAUGAAAUACUUACUAAAAAGUUGCUUUUUUAAGGUAUUUUUAAAUUUUUAAAUUUUUCUUAGCUAAAACAAUCGAAAAUAUAACAGAUGCAAUAUUAAAAGCAACAGACAAUCGUAUUGCAAUGCUAGUCGAUGAAUUGAAUAUUCAAGCAGACUAUAAGGAGCUAUUAAAAAACAUGUUGAAAGUAAAUGCUCAAGAACGAUAUAAUAUCGAUUAAGUUUUGGAAACUUUGAAACCUUAAUCUAGAUCUACUUCAAGAUAGAGAUAAAAUAACUUUGUUUAGCAAUUCCCCCCUGUCAAUAAUAUCAGUAUCAGAGGUUUUCCUCAAAAUAGAUAGAUAUAGGCUUCAACUUCUCCUUUACAAUAACUUAAAAAUCAAAAUACUACUUCAUAAAUACCAACUAUUAAAAACCCAGAAUAAAAGCGAGGAAACUAAAUGUAUAACGCUCAAUAACUAAAAUAAGNACUCUCUCUUUCGUCUUUCUUAUUACUUAACCAUCCUGUAUAGUGA